AUGCAGCGCUUUAGGAGCUCGGCUUGGCGACUCUUUGACCCGCUUUGCAGCGGUGCGGCGGGGAUGCGAAGUGGCCACCCCACAGCAGCUCGACGGCCUCUCAGUUCGGGGCAGGAGCCCUUGAAGAAAACACCCCUGUUUGAUUUCCAUCAGAGCCAUGGUGGGAAGAUGGUGUCCUUUGCUGGUUGGAGCCUACCUGUGCAGUACCAGGACAGCCACAUUGAGUCCCACCUGCACACCCGAAGACAUUGCUCCCUAUUUGAUGUAUCCCACAUGUUGCAGACCAAGAUAUUUGGUCAGGAUCGAGUGAAGUUGAUGGAGAGCUUGUUGGUUGGUGACAUUGCUGAACUAAAGCCAAACCAGGGGACACUGACUCUUUUCACCAAUGAAGAAGGCGGUAUCAUAGAUGACCUGAUUGUGACAAACACAUCUAACGAGUAUCUGUAUGUGGUGUCCAAUGCUGGGUGUCGAGAGAAGGACAUGGCCCUCAUGCAGAACAAGGUAUCAGAACUGAGAAGUGCUAGCUGUGAUGUGAAUCUGGAGGUGAUUGAUAAUGCCUUGUUAGCCCUUCAAGGUCCCUCAGCGGUCCAGGUGCUGCAGGCUGGGGUGUCAGAUGACCUUUGGAAGCUGACCUUCAUGACCAGUGCCGUGAUGGAUGUGUUUGGAAUACCUGGCUGCCGUGUGACACGCUGCGGUUAUACCGGGGAGGAUGGUGUGGAGAUCUCGGUGCCAGCAGAGAAGGCCAUCCACCUGGCAGAGGCACUGCUGGAGAAUAAGGAGGUCAAGCUGGCAGGGCUGGCAGCCAGGGACAGCCUGCGGCUGGAGGCAGGUCUGUGCCUGUAUGGGAACGACAUAGAUGAACGUACCACCCCUGUGGAAGGAAGCCUAGGCUGGACCCUGGGAAAACGACGCAGGGCUGCCAUGGACUUCCCUGGUGCUGCCAUCGUGGUCCCCCAGAUAAAAGGGAAAGUGGCCCGUAAGCGUGUGGGGCUGACGUCUACAGGAGCACCUAUUCGCCAGCACAGCCUCAUCAUGAACACAGAGGGAGCUGUCAUUGGGGAAAUCACCAGUGGCUGCCCCUCUCCGUGCCUGAAGAAGAAUGUAGCUAUGGGUUAUGUGGAUGGAAAAUACAGUAAAAUUGGCACCCAGCUGUUGGUGGAAGUACGGAAGAAGAAGCAGGAGGCAGUAGUUAGCAAGAUGCCUUUUGUGCCCACCCGCUACUAUACCUUGAAGUGACCUGACCCUUCGAGGUCAUCUUCUUCCUGCCUUCCUUUACGGUUGAAUGAGACACACAGCACAGCCCUCCCUAUGGUUAGUUGGUAUUGUCUGGGAGAGGGAGGAAGUCCUAACUAUUAAGUGGAUAGUGAGCAGUUCUUCCAGGGCCUUCUAGAGAAAGAUGGGUAUAGAAGUCAGGGGCUGGGGAGGGAAGAAAAUUUGAGGCAGCACAAUGUUGAAGGAACCGUGUUUGGAGUUGGAGGACCUAGGUUUGAAUUCUGGCUCUGCUAAUUAUUCUUGAUAUGACCUUGGCCAAAUCACUUCUCUUUGAGCCAGUUUCCUCUGUUGUCAAAUGAGGGAUAAUUGUCCUGGUGUCACCUACCUCAUGUACCUAUUGGGAGGAAAAGUGCUUUGUAAAUCUUAGAAUGAUGCAGAAAUGGGAUCUAUGGUUAUGAUAAAGGUAGUCCAGUGGUUAUGGACCAAAAGAUUGAGCACCCAAGGUUGGGGAAGCCACCUUAAGGUGUCCUAGAGGUGGCCAGGAAGGCAUGAAGCACCACCCUUCUUUCCACAAGGAAUCUUGCUCUGUGAGUGCUGACCAAAUGCCAGCUGCCAUCUCCCAUGUUUUUAAACACUCAACUCAGUUUUCUGGGCUAGAGGAUAUUCAAAACUUUUAGAUAAAGCAAACUGCAGAAUCUCAGAGAGAAUCUAACCCAAAAUGGUACCUGAAGUAUGCAUCACAUCUCUAACAUUACCAAACCCUAGGCCUCUGCUUGAAGAGUGGAAGCCCCAUUCACUUUUUGAUAAGCCUUCUGUGUUGAGAAUUUUUUCCUUGUAAGUCAAAAUCUGCCUCUACAACUUUACCCUUACCCCAUCUUAAUUCUGCCCUCUGUGGCCAAGAUGAACAAGUCCAAUUAUAGAAUCACAGGGUUUAGUGCCUUGAGCAUAACAUACUUAAUAUUUGCUGAAUAGACUUUAUAGAGACUAGCUAAUCCAACCAGUAAAUUUCAUGAACUGAGGGACAGAGAUUAAUUCUUGUCUUGUGAUUUUCCUUCUCUUCUCAGUUUACCUUCCUAGUUACAUGUUAUAUAACUUAUAGUUUGCCUUCUCUGGGCGUACAUGUUAACUCAUUUAUUCAUUCCUUCAACCAACAUUUAUGAAGCCUGUACUGUGAAUAGAGACUGCUGUGCUCUGGA